GCUUUGUCUUGUUGUUGUUGCAGUAGCUAUGUUUUUUGCAACAAAAAACAUUUGGAAGAUGAUUCUGCAUUUCGAACUGUAAGUUGGUGUGGGAGUCAGACAGACAUUGGGACCCAUCGAGAUGUGCAGCUUAAUUCUCAGGAGGGACAGGAAGUAGACAUUCCAGGAGGUGCUGAGGAUCGUCAAGAUGGCCUCCAUCACCAACCAGGUUCACAGCCCAAAUGCCCUGGAAUAGAGUGUGGCAGCAGAGAUGUGGGGCGGCGUUGCCAUGGUGAUCAUUUACAACAUUACUGGAAAAGAAGCCGGGUGUCGACGAUGUAAAGUCAAAGAGACCGAUUUGGAGCUGAUCAAGGCAGAGACCAUGAGCCUUCAGGGGACAGCACUCUUCUCUUGUGGAGUCAUGGAGACCGGCAGCAGGUGGGGUGAUGUGGGUCUGGGCCGGGGGUGUUGUGGAGCGCUGCAUCACCAGAGAGCCUCAGUGGAGUCCUGUUGCCUGGAGAACCUGUGGGAUGUCCUGCCCUCCGAGGUUCUACCCCCCCACUACUACCCGAGCCCAGUCAGAGACGCAGGACUGGGUCCCACCAGCAUCACCUCCAUCCCGGGCGCCAUCACCAGCCUGCUACAGGACCUGAGCCUGGGUGAGACGUCAGCCGCCGUAGCCUCCUCACCCUCCACCGCUCCACCCUCCAAACGCCAGUGCCGCUCCGUCUCCUGCUCAGAGGACCUGGGAGGCCGGUCGUCGACCUGGAGGCCCCAGGGGUCCGGGGUGUGGACGGCUGUGGCGAAGAGGCGAUCCCACAGCGGAGGAAGUGUCCAGAGAGGAUUUGCAUCAGGAGGAGGGACACGCUCUCAGCAGCUAGGGUUCCCUGCCAUGCAGCGUAGCUUCAGCUUCAGCCUGCCAGCUCGCUCCAACACCCUCUCCCUGGAUCUCACUGGCUUCACCUCCUGCCCUUCCUAUUUCAGCGGUUUAGCCCCUCCCUCUUACUCCUCCCGGUCCUCAGAGCCCCCCAGGCCCUUCCUCUACCUCUCUCAUGAACAGAUCUGCCUCCCAGAGAUCCAGGGAGUGCCGGCGUCGCCCCUGAGCUCCCCAGACUCCACCCCAGAGAUGAAGCGCCGUGCUGGGCAGGGGGGGCUGGCCCGGAGUCGCUCUCAGCCCUGCGUCCUCAGCGACAAGAAGAUGGGUAUGAAGCGGAGGAGACCAGCCGACUCACACAAACAGAGGCCUUCUCUGGACCUGACCAAGAUGACACAGAAACUUCGGAAUUUCCAAAGCCUCAGCUGCCCUGGGAUCACUGGGGACGACAGCUAUCAAUCAACCCAGGGCCCGCCCCCUCUGAGGACCACUGACCAAUGUGAGACUGACUUUACCUCUGCAGGCAAUCAGGGAUUGGACGAGCCAACCUCCAGCUCCAAAGAUAGCGGAGUUGUCACAAGUGUCUCUAGGGAGGAGGAUCUAGCCAGCUCCAUCGAGGAGCUGGAUUGGCUGAGCUCCCCGGUCUGCGACGACGUGACCGAAGGGGCAGCCACUGGCACCAGGAAGGAUGUGUAUCAGCUGGGAGGAGAUCUGGACAUCGAUCAGAUCGAGAGGAACUGAACCCGGGUCGUUUUCAUAAGGCACCAAACGGAACAAAACAGACUGAAACGAGGAGAGAGAACCUGGAUAUGUCCAAUGAGAAAUGCUGCAAAAUGUUAAUGCAUUUUUUUUCUCAUGUUCCCGAAUGAACAUGACCCUGAACUAUACUUACCACCCUCAGGGGAAUGACCCUGAACUAUUCUUACCACCCUCAGGGGAAUGGGACUGAAUGAACAUGACCCUGAACUAUACUUACCACCCUCAGGGGAAUGGGACUGAAUGAACAUGACCCUGAACUAUACUUACCACCCUCAGGGGAAUGACCCUGAACUAUUCUUACCACCCUCAGGGGAAUGACCCUGAACUAUUCUUACCACCCUCAGGGGAAUGGGACUGAAUGAACAUGACCCUGAACUAUACUUACCACCCUUAGGGGAAUGACCCUGAACUAUUCUUACCACUGUCAGGGGAAUGGGACUGAAUGAACAUGACCCUGAACUAUACUCACCACCCUCAGGGGAAUGGGACUGUGAAGGGAAAGAGGAGUUGGGUGGUACAGUAGGUAAACCCUGCUGACAGGCUUAAAGGACAAAGACAAGUAGAGUACAGUAGUCCAUGUGAAGAGACCAGGCCAGGUUCCUGCUCUGACUAAACCCUAUAGACUACAGUAGUCCAUGUGAAGAGACCAGGCUCCUGCUCUGACUAAACCCUGUAGACUACAGUAGUCCAUGUGAAGAGACCAGACUCCUGCUCUGACUAAACCCUGUAGAGUACAGUAGUCCAUGUGAAGAGACCAGACUCCUGCUCUGACUAAACCCUGUAGAGUACAGUAGUCCAUGUGACGAGACCAGGCUCCUGCUCUGACUAAACCCUGUAGACUACAGUAGUCCAUGUGACGAGACCAGGCUCCUGCUCUGACUAAACCCUGUAGACUACAGUAGUCCAUGUGAAGAGACCAGGCUCCUGCUCUGACUAAACCCUGUAGACUACAGUAGUCCAUGAGAAGAGACCAGACUCCUGCUCUGACUAAACCCUGUAGACUACAGUAGUCCAUGAGAAGAGACCAGGCUCCUGCUCUGACUAAACCCUGGGAGUGAAAGGUGAAGGAGGGUCUGUUGUCUGUCUGGGCUAUCACCAUUUCUCUCUUAGCCUGAAUGCCUUAUCUAUAACGAUGUACUGGGUAUGAACAGAACACACAGCUGGUUUGUACUGGUGAUGAACAGAACACACAGCUGGUUUGUAUAACGAUGUACUGGUGAUGAACAGAACACACAGCUGGUUUGUAUAACGAUGUACUGGUGAUGAACAGAACACACAGCUGGUUUGUACUGGUGAUGAACAGAACACACAGCUGGUUUGUAUAACGAUGUACUGGGUACGAACAGAACACACAGCUGGUUUGUAUAACGAUGUACUGGGUACGAACAGAACACACAGCUGGUUUGUAUAACGAUGUACUGGGUAUGAACAGAACACACAGCUGGUUUGUAUAACGAUGUACUGGGUAUGAACAGAACACACAGUUGGUUUGUAUAACGAUGUACUGGGUACGAACAGAACACACAGCUGGUUUGUACUGGGUAUGAACAGAAUAAACAGCUGGUUUGUAUAAUGAUGUACUGGGUACGAACAGAAUAAACAGCUGGUUUGUAUAACGAUGUACUGGGUACGAACAGAAUAAACAGCUGGUUUGUAUAAUGAUGUACUGGGUACGAACAGAAUAAACAGCUGGUUUGUAUAAUGAUGUACUGGGUAUGAACAGAACACACAGCUGGUUUGUACUGGGUAUGAACAGAACACACAGCUGGUUUGUACUGGGUAUGAACAGGACACACAGCUGGUUUGUACUGGGUAUGAACAGGACACACAGCUGGUUUGUACUGGGUAUGAACAGAAUAAACAGCUGGUUUGUACUGGGUAUGAACAGAACA